AUGGGCCAGUCCAAAUUUCUUCUUCGCAAACGCGAGACUCCCCUUGUGAACGCGAUGGAGGAAACCAGAUACAGGCCUCAGAAAAUUCCAGCAAAUAAGUUUGUGGUUCGUGACUUGGGGAAACUCUCAUACGUUUUGGGCAUUGAGGCGCAUUGGACGAGUGCUGGGUUGUAUUUGCAACAAGGGAAAUAUAUGGGUGAUCUCUUGAAAUGUGUUCAGAUGGAUUCCUGUAGCAACGUUUCCACUCCAGCUUCUCCUUCAACCAAACUUUCUUCCACUGAAGGUAGUCAAUUCAAUGAUUCCACCUUGUAUCGGAGUGUUGUAGGUGAAUUGCAAUACUUGAGCUUUACUCGGCCUGAUAUAGCAUUCGCAAUUAACAAGGUUUCUCAAUUCAUGCAUUGCCCUAUGGAUAUUCACUGGACUGUUGUCAAACGUAUUCUACGAUACAUUAAGGCAACUCCAUCUCAUGGCUUGUUUUUUGCUCAAGGCACAUCCACCUUGCUGCAUGGGUACACUGAUUCACACUGGGGAGGUGAUGUAAAUGAUCGAAAAUCUACUACUGGGUUUGCUAUCAUUUUGGGAUUUAAUCUCAUUUCAUGGGCAUUAUGUAAGCAACGAGCAAUGUCACGCUCUAGUAUUGAGGCAGAGUAUAGAGCUCUUGCGACUGCCACUUCAGAAAUUAUUUGA